UAACAAGGAGACACGGCGGAUGGGAGCCAGUCAACGGAUUCCCGUUGCAAGGAUCCAUGCAAAACCUGACCAUGCGCUUGGCGAAGGUUGCACAUGAAUAUUCGCGGAGUGGAUGUAAAGAAACGAUACCACUUGCUAAUUCGCAAGGACAUAGACACUGUUUCUAGAUACUGAAAGUGCAUGAAGCAGUCAGCGCGGAGGGAGGACUUCAAUGCCAUUCGGAACGUGUAGGCUGGCAAACCAAAGAGGCCAACUCUUCAGUCCAAGGUUCAUGCUGUGAGAAAGUGUCAAACCUGUGAGGAAGUUUCAAACCUAUGUGAGCCCAUGGGAACUACACCCUUUUAAAUCUUUCAGAAGCACUUUUGACUCCACUGUUCAAGCUUUCAGAUAGAUAAAAGGGCUAUUCUGCAACACUUCUGUUGAAUGAGAAUCUCACCUCACCAUCUUUUUGACGCAAUAGGAAUUUCAGCUCAGAUCUGAGAAGAUUAACACUUACAGUCAGAAUGGCAAGAGGGACUUUCUUUUUUGUUGUGCAGGGCCAGAUUUGUUUCUUCCUGCUUCUGGCUUUACUUGGCCUCUCUUCAGUUCAGAGUACAGAAUGUCCGCAGCUUUGUGUGUGUGAGAUCCGGCCUUGGUUCACACCCCAGUCCACCUACAGAGAAGCAACUACUGUUGAUUGCAAUGACCUUCACCUCACACGCAUCCCUGGGAACCUGUCAGCUGACACGCAGGUGUUGCUUCUGCAAAGUAACUACAUUGCCAGAACUAGUGAGGAACUGGAGCAGUUAUUAAAUCUCACAGAACUUGAUCUGUCCCAGAACAACUUCAGCAACAUCCAGGAUAUUGGCUUGACCAACAUGUCACAACUCACAACGCUUCACCUGGAGGAGAACCAAAUAGUCGAGAUGCCUGACUUCAGUUUGCAAGAUCUCACCAAUCUACAGGAGCUAUACAUUAAUCACAAUCAGAUCAGCUCCAUUGCACCCAAUGCCUUCACCGGACUGCGUAACCUUCUGAGACUCCACCUGAACUCCAACAGACUCAAGGCCAUUGACAGUCACUGGUUUGAAUCAACCCCCAACCUGGAGAUCCUGAUGAUUGGGGAAAAUCCUGUGGUCGGCAUCCUGGAUUUGAACUUCAAACCUCUCACCAACUUGAGAAGCCUGGUCCUGGCAGGAAUGGAGCUCACUGAUAUCCCAGGCAAUGCGUUUAUUGGACUAGACAACCUAGAGAGUCUCUCCUUCUAUGAUAAUAAACUAGUUCGGGUGCCACAGACUGCUCUGCAGAAGCUUCCAAACCUGAAAUUUCUGGAUUUGAACAAGAAUCCAAUACAUAAAAUUCAAGAGGGGGACUUUAAGAACAUGCUGAGGCUGAAAGAACUUGGCAUUAACAACAUGGGAGAACUUGUGUCCAUUGAUCGCUUUGCCCUGGAUAACCUCCCAGAGUUGACCAAACUCGAAGCCACCAACAACCCCAAGUUUUCCUACAUUAGUCGUUUAGCAUUCCGUGACUUGCCAUCACUUGAGAGUCUAAUGCUCAAUAACAACGCUCUAAACUCCCUCUACCAAGCAACGGCGGAUUCCCUGCCCAACCUGAGGGAGAUCAGUAUCCAUAGCAACCCACUGCGCUGUGACUGUGUAAUUCAGUGGAUGAGCUCAAACAAGACAAAUAUUAGAUUUAUGGAGCCUCUUUCCAUGUUCUGUGCAAUGCCACUUGAGGUUAGAGGUCAGCGUGUGAGAGACGUAGUUUCUCGUGAAUCUACAGGCCAGUGUCUACCAAUGAUCUCUCACGACACAUUCCCCAAUCACCUCAACCUUGAUAUUGGGAUGACAGUAGGUCUGGACUGUCGUGCUAUGGCUGAGCCUGAACCAGAAAUAUACUGGGUGACCCCUUCUGGUAACAAAGUCAUGAUGGAUACAGUAUCCGAUAAAUACCAACUUAACAGUGCAGGAACUCUGCGCAUAUCCCACAUUCAGGUGGACGACUCUGGCCACUACACCUGUGUGGCUCAGAAUACAGAAGGAGCGGACACUCGGGUGACCGCCAUUCGAGUCAACGGGACUCUUCUGGAUAGCACCCAGCUUAUGAAGAUCUACGUGAAACACACAGAGUCCCACUCAAUUUUGGUGUCCUGGAAAGUUAACUCCAACGUCAUGACGUCCAAUCUGAAGUGGUCAUCCGCCACCAUGAAAAUUGACAACCCUCACAUCACCUAUACGGCUAAAGUUCCUGUAGAUGUUCAUGAGUACAACCUCACACACCUUCAGCCAGCCACUGAGUAUGAGGUCUGUCUCUCGGUCUCGAAUAUCCACCAACAGACCCAGAAGUCAUGCGUUAACGUCACAACCAAGCAUGCUACGUUUGCGGUGGAGAUCUCUGAGCAAGGCACCAAUACGGCUCUGGCGGCAGUCAUGGGCACAAUACUGGCCAUUAUCAGCCUGGGCUCAAUCACGCUAUACAUAGCAAAGAGAUGGAAGAGGAAGAACUACCACCACUCCUUAAAGAAGUACAUGCAGAAAACCUCCUCCAUCCCCCUAAACGAACUCUAUCCUCCCCUCAUUAACUUAUGGGAGGCAGACAGUGAAAAGGACAAGGAUUGUUCUUCAGACACUAAGCAUACACAGGUGGACACAACAAGAAGUUAUUACAUGUGGUGAAGCUUGCCAGACAUUUUUUCUUCUUUAGAGCACAAAGAAACAUCUUUGCUUAUUUGUGCUUAACAAAGACAUGGAUUUUCUUUUUUCUGCUUUGCUUACUGCAAGCAUCUAUUCAGACUGAUAUCUGAUGACUUUUUAGUAGAGUGUAUUGCCUUUUCCUCUUCUUUGACUUUCAAUAUGGCAGCUUUGUUUAGCUUCCGAGACAUGUUAGUAGCUGUGCUUUUUCUUUUUGUUCAUUAUAUUUUGAAAGCACAGCAUAGAUAAUGUCAAGGAUUGACUUUGGGUCGAUUGAUACUGUAGCACUAUAUCUGAUCCGAUAUUGAUAUGUCUGGCAGUAUUCAUAGAGAAUGCAUUGUUUCUUUAUCUCUUUCGUAAGACAGUUUAACUGUUGUGCACUGAAAUAUAUUAACAAAUUUGUCUUUGGACUCCAAUGUAAGCUGACAAGGUGAGUUUAGACUUGAUAGACUGUCUAUUGAAAAACAUUAGCAAUUGUUCUGUAAUGUUGUAUCAACUAUAAUUUGAACAUUUUGGAUUUUCUCAAAAGUAAUUUUUGAUUUAGAAGUUGAAUUUGCAGAUUGAAGAAUUGUAAACCAGCAAUAGAAAUGUGAAUGUUAAAUAAUUAGUUAAGUAGAAAAAUGCUUUUUCUUUUUAAAUUACUCAGAUUCUUCUUUUUUAAUUGGGUAGAAUCUGUUAAUCACUUAAUUUUGUUGUAAUUUAGUACACAUGCAAAAUAUGUUGCAUAUUACAGCGCAAACAAAAAUAAAUUACAGUUUUGUUCAGAUAUUUUUUAUACAAUGAUUUUCAAGUCGAGUGUCAUUAUUCUAGUUUCCUAUUCUAUCUUUCGUUCCUAUUCUGUCUACCCGCAAUCUGUCACCUUCUUUUUAAGUAAAUUAGUGACUUAUUUUGAUCAUGAUGUAAUAGUUUUAGCAAUACAAAUACAAAAGAUCUCCAUUACCAAUCUCCAAUAGCGAUAGGAUCAAGAAAUGUGGUUUAAAAUAUAUGAUUAUAAAACGAAUAGUUCUGAUCCUUGAUUCUGAUUGGUUGAGCCGCAUUCGAAGCUGUUAUAAGUUGAGGUGAGGAACUACAUUGUUUGGUGGAAGAAUACUGUUUUUAUUUAUAUCAUUACACUUUAUUUGCUCUGUUUUAUUCUGUGAAACCUUACUAUAUGAAAUUACCGUUUUAUAAAAGCAAUAAGCCCCGUGAAGCCGUGGUUUACAGUGAAUUUAUAACAGCUAAGGGGAUUUUAUGCACUCCACUUCGCGUCGUGCCUAACACUGUCCCUUAGCUGUUAUAAAUUCACUGUAAACCACUGCUUCUUGGGGCUUAUUGCUUUAUUAGUCUGUCUGUCUUUCUUCCUUCAGUUAUUGCCACCAAGCCCAAAGUAACCAUUAAAUGACCUAAAAUUUU